AUGAUCGCCCAAGGAUAUUUAAUAAACCAGAUUAAUAGAAAGAAACUUUCUUACUUUAUUCGAUCUCUGUCCGUCUCUUAUUUUCUUUCUUCUUUCUUUCUUUCUUUCUUUUUUCUUUCUUUCUUUCUUUCUUUCUUUCUUUCUUUCUUUCUUUCUUUCUUUCUUCUCUCUCUCUCUCUCUGCCUGUCUCUUUCUUUUUUCUUUCUUUCUUCUCGCUAUCUGCUUUCCUUUCUUUCUUCUCCCAAUCUUUCUUACUUUCUUCUCGCUCUCUUUCUUUCUUUCUUUCUUUCUUUCUUUCUUUCUUUCUUUCUUUCUUUCUUUCUUCUCUCACUUUCUUUCUUCUCUUUCUUUUUUCUUUCUUUCUUUUUUCUUUCUUUCUUUUUUAUCUCUUUAUUCUCUCUUUCUUUUUUCUUUCUUUCUUCUGUCUCUUUCCUUCUCUCCGAUCUUUCAUCCUUUUUAAAUCUAUCUAUCUAUCUAUCUAUCUAUCUAUCUAUCUAUCUAUCUAUCUAUCUGUCUAUCCGGCUUAGGCAUUGUAUCCCCCCCUCCACCAUUGUUUCUAUUCCUUUCAGCUUUAAGCUGGUUGCCUUGUCACCCAACUAUGUUUUUGAUGUUGUCUAUCGUCUUUUCCUUCUUUAG